AUGGGGAGUGUAGGAAUCUUGUGGCCUUGGCUGCUAGCUCUGCUCUCCUUGCCAGGUUUUCUCCUAGGAGCACCCUCAGCACCCAGAUGUUCAGGAGUCUGCAGUACCAGUGUCCCAGAAGGCUUCACUCCUGAGGGAAGCCAGGCGUCUCAGGACAAGGACAUUCCUGCAAUUAACCAAGGGCUCAUCUCAGAGGAGACCCCAGAAGGCAGCUUCCUGGUAGAAGGGGACAUCAUCCGGCCGAGCCCCUUCCGAUUGUUGUCAGUGACCAACAAUAAAUGGCCCAAGGGUGUCGGUGGCAUCGUGGAGAUUCCCUUCCUGCUCUCCAAAGAGUAUGACGAGCCCAGCCGCCGGGUCAUUAUGGAGGCCUUUGCUGAGUUUGAACGUCUCACAUGCAUCCGGUUUGUUGCCUACAAGGGCCAGAGAGACUUCAUUUCCAUCCUUCCUAUGUCAGGGUGCUUCUCUGGUGUGGGACGCAGUGGAGGGGUGCAGGUGGUGUCCCUGGCACCCACUUGUCUCCAGAAGGGCCGGGGCAUUGUUCUACAUGAGCUCAUGCAUGUGCUGGGCUUCUGGCACGAGCAUUCACGGGCAGAUCGGGACCGCUACAUCCGUGUCAACUGGAACGAGAUCCUCCCAGGCUUCGAAAUCAACUUCAUCAAGUCUCGGAGUAGCAACAUGUUGGCACCCUACGACUACUCCUCAGUGAUGCAUUAUGGGAGGUUUGCCUUCAGCUGGCGCGGGCAGCCCACCAUCAUACCGCUCUGGAAGCCCGGGGUUCACAUUGGCCAGCGGUGGAACCUGAGUGCCUCAGACAUCACCCGGAUCUGCAGGCUGUAUAAGUGCAGCCCAGGUGUCCCUGACUCCCAGAGGAGGGGGUUCAAGGCCCACAGUGAUGAAAGAAGCCUCAUUCCUGCCUCCGUAUCACAUCUACAGAGACUUCUGGAGGCACUGUCGGGAGAAUCUGGAAGCUCUGCCCCCAGUGGCUCCAGCGCCGGAGACCAGGGUAUUAUUUCCGGGCUGGUAGACAGCCAGCAAGGAUUGGGGCAUCCUGCUCAGGACACGUUCAGUGGGGUACCUUUGGCAGGACCGCCUCAGAUGCUAGCUGCUGCUUUGGGGCCCGGAACAGGUGCAGACGGCAUUUCUCCAGGGCAGUUCCAGCUAGCCCAGGAGCCCACUGUACCUCCUGCUUCAUUUCCAGAAGGCAGAGACCAGCCAGCACCCAUCCUCCAUGUCUUUGACAGCCCAGCUCUGCUUCCGGGAGGUUGUGCACCUGGAAGUCAUGCUGGAGAAGUACCUAGAGACUGA